UCCGGAUAAGCUAUACGGUAGCGCUCGACGUUUAUGCAAUGAAUUUGGCAACGCUCGACGUCUAUGCAGUGAUGCUCAUUGCUUGAAACCUUGUGUUUGUAUGUACUUGGCGUCGCGACGCUACCGCGUCGCUUGAUCUCUUGAUUAUGUCAUAUGUCAAAUUACUUGAGCAGUUGUCAUGUGCAAUUAUGCAUAAUUUCCUAGUAUGUAACAAAAUGCAGGCACUGUCCUCCUUGUGUUAAAGAAUUCUACUAAAGCAGGUCAAAUGAUUUGUUCGAUUUUAGGAAAUAAUGCAAUGACCUACAAAAUGUGUAAAAAAUUAUAUCAAAGGUUUAAAGCAAGAAUUUUAAUUCUAUUAGCCAAAGAAACUUGAGAAUAUCGAAUUAUAUAAGAUGAAGAUUAAACACAAACAAACAUUUCUUUUUAUUGCAUUUCUGUUCUUUUAUCGAUAGUGAGAAUGAAAGCGAAAGAUUGUUCCUUGUUUCGGCCUACAUACAACACAUGUAACGAAUGUUACGCUCACUAGAGGUACGUGCAUCAUUUUUUAUACGAUUAAUCAAUAUGCGGAUACGUUUUACUGGUGCUGACAUGCAUCCUUUUUAAGGUACGUGCAUCACUUUUAAACCGUAAAAUAAUUAUCCAUAUUUUCCAUCGUAACAUUUCACAAACUUAUACUAUUUUCUUGCUUUUCUGUUCUUUUAUCGGUGGUGAGGAUGAUGGUGAAAGAUUGCAUGACGCCAAAGAUGGAUAGAUGCAGAGAGGAAUGUAAUGAGAAACCACGCAUGAGAUGUUCGAUACUCUGUGGAUACGUAAUAAUCUGUGGAUACGUGUUACUGCUGCUGACAUUAAUCAGUUUUCCUUGUUUCGGCCUACAUAUAAGAUACGUAACGCAUGUUAAUCUGAUUGGAGUGAGAAUGAAAGCGAAAGAUUGCAUGAUGUCAAAGUUGGAUGGAUUGUGAGAGGAAUGUAACAAGAAACCACACAUGAGAUGCUCGAUACUCUGUGGAUAUGUAAUAAUCUGUGGAUACGUGUUACUGGUGCUGACGUUAAUCUGUUUUCCUUGUUUCGGCCUACAUAUAAGAAUGGUAACCUGACUGGAGGUACGUGCCAGGCCCAUUCAUGUUCCGCAAAGAAGACAGGAGGUAAUUGAUGCUGUUCAACAGACUCUUGUGACAAAUCCCCAUACGAGCACAAGAGCAAUUGCCGCAGAUUUGAAUAUGUCUCAUGUUGCCGUUCAUAAGACCAUUAAAAAGUCUUUGGGUUGGCAUCCAUUUAAACGGCAUACAAGACAAAAACUCAAACCUGGUGAUAUGCCACGAAGGUUAAAUUUAUGUGAAUGGAUUAUUGAACAUGUGAAUCUCAAUGAUGCCGGAAAUGAUGUAUUUUUAAAAAAUAUUCUGUGGUCUGAUGAAGCCAUUUUUGGAAGUGAUGGCUGCAUAAACCGGCAUAAUGAGCAUCACUAUGCAGAGCGCAAUCCACAUUGCAGAAAACAAACAAAGAUUCAAGGCAGAUGGACUGUGAAUGUGUGGCUCGGAAUAAUAGGGGAUCACGUCAUCGGUCCCGAAUUUAUUCAGGGCUAUGUUAAUGCACAAUAUUAUAUAGAUUUUCUUCUCCAUCGGCUCAAUGAACUCCUGGAGGAUGUGCCACUGGCACAUAGAAUAGGAAUGAUGUUUCAACAAGAUGGACAUCCCGCUCACUCUUCACGUUUGGCGAGAAAUAUUUUAAAUAAAAAAUUUCCCGAGAAAUGGAUUGGACUUCAUGGUCCUCGCGAGUGGCCACCACGCUCUUCGGAUUUGACGCCACUAGAUUUUUUCGCGUGGGGCUUCUUAAAAAAUAAAGUUUAUGAAACUCUACCGGAAAAUGCAGAAGUUCUUAAAAAUAGAAUUCGUAACGCGUGUACCGAGAUCACUCUUCUCAUGCUGAAACGAGUGAGAGAAAGUUUUAUGCGUAAAAUUGCUCUAUGCUUGGAGGAAAAUGGUGGUUACAUCGAACACUUAUUUUAAGCAUAAGAUCAAAAAUAUAUGUUAUUUUUCCAAA